AGUACUUAGUAGUUCGACAUGUUUCAUGAAACCCCCGUUGUUUUGUAUCAAGAAAAUGCAAUGGCCGCCAUCUUCGACUCUUGCGAAUGUUUUGGUCGUAGUUACGGACUUUGAGGCCUAUUUAUUACGUGCUAUGCAAUUAUUUGAUGGAAAUAGUUUCGCUACGUCCUAGGUGUUGUAAAAUCGCUCAUAAAAAGUCACAUGAAAUAAAAUUUGGGGGCCGAGGUGCACUCCAAGGCGUCAUCUCGGGUUUGACCCAAGAUGAUAGUAUAUACAGCAUGUCAGCUACAUCAGAAUACGAACCAGCGGCCCGGCAAGAUUACGGGCCGGCCACCUCCAGUGAAAAUGUUUACGAACAUGUAUUGGAUCACAAAUUAACAAAUAUGAAUGUACCUAGUGUGAGAACUCCUGUAUUGAGGGCUGUGCCCUUGUCUCCCACUGAAGGUGAUCCUGAACCUGACUCCACAAAUCCUGAAAGUAUCAUUCAAUCUGUGCACAAAGUAGACAAAGAAGUUGAAUAUCACAUUGCUGAGAAACACUGUGAUACAGAUAUGUCUGUGGACUCCCUCUCUGGCAUUGUAAGGCUCGAAGAGGCCAUUGAUAACGUAGGGCGCAUAGCGUACCCCAUAAUACAAGAAACCGAAGAUUCAAAUGAUGGCAAUUAUGUAGACAACUCCACAACCCUCAUACAAGCACCAUUGAGCACUGCAAUUGUUCAAAACGUCACAAAAUUGCCUCAGAAUUUUACAAUUAAUGUUGAUGCAGCUGUUGGAAACAUAACAUCUAUACAGAAUGUACAAGAUGUAGCUGGAAACCAGACCCUAUGGCUGCCUACAAUACUUGCAACCAGUGCUGCUACAAAUGACUCUAAGAUUGAUGACGAGAGAUCACAAGCUGGUGUGUCACAAAUCAUUAUCACCAGUGAAAGUUAUGUUAAUGACACAAAUCAAACUGUAAGAAGAGCUAAUAUUGUCACUGAGAACUUCAUGAGCAGACCCAAGGCAUCGAAAGUUCAGAUUUUAAGCAAUAUAUCUAUUCCGAAGAACCCUAGUUAUAAUCAACAGUACUUAACUGGGAAAGAAAUGGCUCCUGUGUAUGGAACACAAAGUCAUGUUUACAAACUGAGUAAUUCAGUCCUCUGUACUAAACCCCAGAAGAGUCAGUCUUUGAUUGGCUGCUCCACUUUAUCGCCAAAUGUUGUGAACAAUAGCCCUAUCAAGAAUGUGCCCUACAGUCAUACAUUCACCAAAAGCACAAACUUAAAUAAAACUUUGAAUAAGGUAAACAAUGGUGCUAAUCUUAAUGCUAUGGUUGCUGCCUCCUCGGGCAACACACAAUGCCAUAUAUUAUCUCGUGUUGUCUCUGGACCUAAUAAGAUGUCUGUACAUUCUGGAAGAAAAUCUGUCAAUACUUUUAAGGGAUCCAAGAGCUCGGGACAAGUUUCCAAUCAGAAGAAUCAAUCAAGGCCAAUUAAAAUAAUACAACAGACUGGGUCAGCUAACAAAUCUGAGGCUAAGUCUUGGCCUGUUGCCAGCGUCACAUACAAAAGUCAGCAGCCUAGUUAUGGAGUUGUUGAUUCGAAUGCAUCGAAAAUUAUACAGAAAGUGGGCAGUCCCACACAUAAGAGCCAGCCAUUAUCUUUAUCAAAGUUCCCUCCAAAAGGGGAGCGUUUAGUUUUACAGUCACCUUGUGGGCCUGUCUUGAUUUCUACUGCUCCAAUCAGCACGAGUUUACCAAAGGGUCCUCACUAUGUGCAAUCAGGGUCUACUCCCAAUUUAAGAUAUGUUCAGACGUAUGGCCCUGCAGACAAUCCUAUCUCCACAGUAUCACAAGUGUCUGCUAACCAGCAACUGACUGCGCAGAUACUGCAGUCUUUGUCACAGCCCAAGUUGAUGUUGCAAACCAGUCCAACACCUUUGAACCAUAAUAUAACAACUAUGCUGCCCUCACCUGAGGAACCAGUUGAGGUCAAGCCUAUAAAUCAAAAGAGGAUUGUUGUUGGCGACAAAACAACAUUACUUACUGAGGACGACAUUAUCGGCAUGGAAGAGCGACCAAAUCUUUCCGAAGAACUAAGGAGGUAUUCAUUCCAGCCCUUAGCCUUCGUGAUGUUGGACCACACUUACGCGCAGCCCGCUCAGAAGCAGCCCACGGCUACUCCGCCCACGACGCCGGUGUCUACUGGCCCGCCUCCCGCCAUCAUCUCGCCCACUCUCACUACAUCACCAAUGAGUCCUUUAAAACGUAAUUCCCCUGUUAUCAUGUCCACCGCGUCUUACGAAAUGCCUUUGACAGUGCCUACUAGUGUUGUUGGAACACCUAUACCUGUUUCUUCAAUACAAAUGGCGCCGAUUACUUAUAAGCCGACGCCAGCGCCGCCGCCCGAUGACGAUGCUGCAUCUGUGAUAUCGUCAAUAGAUGGCGACAGGAAAGCUAACAGAGGUGGUAGUGAUACGGAAACUGCCCCCGAAGGCGAGGAAGAGGGGAAGACGAGAUGCAUUUGUGACUUCACCCAUGACGACGGGUACAUGAUAUGUUGCGACCGCUGCGGCGAGUGGCAGCAUGUGGACUGCAUGGGCAUCGACCGGCAGAACAUACCGGACGCCUACCAAUGCGAGAUCUGUUCGCCGCGACCCAUCGACCGACGUCACGCGCGGGCCAUACAGAUGAGAAAGAGAGAGGAACUCAGCGCACUCGGUGCUUCCGACACUGACUCGUCAGAGAGCAGUCGACAGCCCGGACAACGGAGGAAACGGUUACUUACUGUCACUACAUAUACCAAUACAAGCGGCUCAUGUGUCACCACUUAUAACUCUAACGUCCCAGUGCUUCCGCCUUUACCACAGCCCUCGUUAGCGUUACCCAAACGGGGACCCAAGAGACCUAAGAAAGCAGAAGUAGUCAGAAAAGGCACCAAGAGAAAACUAUCUGAAAAGCGAGUCAAACGUAAGAAGGAAAUGAUGUUGAACAGAAGUAAAUAUAACUCCACAAUGUCAAAUCAAUCGCACUUCCAGGACUCGUACGAAUUAGCCGUCACGAAUCAUUACAGUCCAGAGUUGAGAGCUAAAAUCAUGAAGUAUAGCAGCAAACUGGGCAAUACUCCUAACAUGGCGUAUGCUAUGAACGCGCAUUUAUGUACCACUGUGCCUCACGCUGGUGGUAAGAUUUUAAUUGCAACAAAGGACUUGAAAGAAAACACGCCAGUAAUAGAGUUACGUGGCAAGUACAUGUUGUCUAACCAACACAGGCCACAACUCCAGAACUCUGCUAGAGCUGGCAGCCAGAAGCCUGGGCCUUUCGUGUUCUUUUACAGACUGCCUAAAGAUAACACUCAAAUAUGUAUUGACACAAGAACAUACGGCAACGAAGCGAGAUUCGUCCGAAGAUCAUGUAAACCUAACGCUGAAUUACAACAUUGCAUUGUUAAGGGCACAUUACAUGUUUAUUUGGUAUCUAUAGGAGUUAUUCAGUCUAAUACUGAAAUUACUGUUGGUCACGAUGCUGACGGCAGUAAGCAGCCUUGCGCUUGCGGUAACCCGAAACACUGUAAAGUGAACGGCCUUAACACACUAGCGUCGAGAAAGAGCGUCGAUUAUCCGCCGCGGGAGAAGAGAAGCAGAAAUAGAUGUUUCAGUUCGUCAUCACCGGUGUCUCCACCACUCGCGCCAGCUGUCACCACUCCAAUCAAGGAAUUUACGCCACAAAUUCUCACAACAAUCAAAUCUGAGAAGAAAUCUCCACAACAAAUUAAACAUGAGUAUCCUCCUCUGUCACCAGUUAAAUCAUCAGCGGUGAUGGCCUUAAACUUUGAUGAACCGCCUAAACCUGAGCCAGUAGAAGAUAUAAAACCAGAAAUAGAUCUAAUAGCCAAAGAAGAAAUGAAGCCUGAAGACCUGGAUGAACCAGACUACUGCAAGGAGGAACCAAUUGAAGAGAAAUUUGAAGAAAUAAAACACGAGAUUCCGCUUCCAGUUGUAGAGGAACCCAAGCCUUUCAUUGCUCCUAAGGUAGAAGAAAAAGAGAUAAAGGAGAUUAUUAAACCAGAGAAAGAGCCUGUGUAUUCAGAUGAGGAAAAACCAGAAAAAGUUGAAGAAAAGAAACCUAAAGAGGAACCAAAAAUAGAAGAAGAUAGACCUGUAACAAGAGAGUUCAUGGCUAAGUCAGCAUGCCACGACAGAUCUUCAAGAUCGAGCAGAACGGCAUGCGUGAACCAAGACUCUCUGGAUGACAAAACGGAUGACUCUCAGGACAAAAUACAGACUAAUAACAAAGAGAAAGAAAAGAGGAAAAUGGUUAGUUCGAAGAACUCAAUCGAAACUCCACCUCCUAGCCUUGGGACCAGACAAAAUUCUAAACCUGUGUCAAAAUUACAGACGCGCGAGGAACGUAAAAUGGAAGCUAUAAUGAAGGCGUUUGAACGCAUGGAAAAGGCUGAACAGCGCAAACAGGAAGUGAAAGAAAGGCAGAAGAGGCGAGAGUCGGAUCCGCACCCCAACGCGAACGAUAAGGACGACGAGGAAGAAGUCCACAACACUACGAAAAAGAGGAAAAAGCGCAAAGGCCGUGCCCGUACAACAUCUCAGUCGAAUCGUCGGAGGUUAAACUCAGCCGAUAGCGACAUGGUGACGUCAGGCGACGAGGCCCCGCCCACUCCGCUGACUCCGCCCCGCGCGCCCCCGCCCCGCCGGGACAGCGUGGUCCCGCCCCCCGUCGAACAUAAUGAACGGGCUAAUGAAGUACCGCAUGAGGAACUUGGACUGAGCUCCGCGUGCCUAUUAGUCGAAGCAGCAGUUGGGUCAGUAGAAUCCGCCUUCAAAUUACCAAAAACAAAGAAAACAAUGGCUACAGAAUGGAUAGGGAGGUCGCCUGAACGGACGCCAUCGCCUUAUAGGUCUCCUUACAGACCUGCCUUAGUUUCUGCGCCGUCCUUAGAAAACUUGGUCCGAGUGGCGUCUACUAUUAUAGGCGAUUUAAGUGGUGGACACGAUUUGGACCACGAAGAAGAAUCUAGACUUUCGCCGCCCAGAACGCCUGGUAGAGAUAGGAAUAAGCCUCCGAAGAAAGCCAAGCGAAUAACUAGGAGUACACCGCCCACGGAAGUAGCUGAGGUGGUCACGCCGAUCAUAGCGCAGCAUAGUGCCAAGAAACGCUGGCUCAGGCAAGCCAUCAGCGAGGAGAGUGAUUCACCUGUUGCAGACGUCUUUGUUCCAGAAUCUCCGCCAAACGAAAUGGUGACACCAUUGAAGAAGAGGCGGUUAGCCAGAGAAUCGCUUUCGUGCGAACAGAACACUAUUGUGCCUUGUAAUGACGAAACUUCGCCUAUUUUAACGUCAGAAGACUCGCCGGUCAAAGAUGACACGCAAGCGUUGACGAGGCAAUAUAAAGUGAGAAAUAUUAUGGAUAGUAUAUACGGUAGGGACAGAACUCGGUCGGACAGCGGCCAAGGCUCCGACGACCAGUGCAAUAUAGACCAUGACGUGUUGAACAUGAACAUUAAGGGCCCACAUGACAGUGAGAACAUUAGGAGAAUCAUUGGAGUGCCCACACCUGAAGACGAACAUCCGCCUGAAAUACCCAAACCUGAAGACAUCAAGACAAAUAACAAUAAUGUGGAAAUAGACGAAAGUAAUUAUAACAAAGUCGUGCCAAUGGAAAUAGAUACUACGAUACCCGCGCAACCAAAAAUACAGGAAUCAGUCGACAGCAGUAUCGACGUGAAAGGAAUUGAGAGUCCAACCGACAAGUUAAACAGCUGCCAGUCAGCAGACACGAGCGGGAACUCGUCACCACAACGUGAUGAGAUGGACGACAUACAGAAGAAAAUACACUCAUUCCACACAGAGAACAUACAAAUACUUAAAAGUAGAAAUAAGAAGCCCAAAGAGAAACGGAAGAAAGUGAAUCUGAACUUCGACCUCAACAUGGUAGACGAUCAGAUCAGUGUGCAGUUGCGGACCGAGAACGACACGUCUUCCAAAGCGAUAGAGAUCAACGGAGACAUACACGAUGAGAUGAGCAAUUCUAUUCACGAUGACGUCAAAGUGCAUGUAUCUCCUGAGAACAUACCUCUGCCGCCUGUUGAGUCGAUACCUCUGCCAGCUCCUGAGAACAUCCCGCUGCCCGAGGAACCGAGUCCAAUGCCCGUCAUACCGCCGCCUGAGACGAUACCCUUGCCAGAAGAGCCCAUGAAGCCAGUGAAGACAAUACGUCCGUCAUCGCCGGUGGAAAAGCUUGACAAAAUCGAGAAACCGUUCUCGAUCGACAGGCCGUCCGUGCUAGAGAACUCAACGCUUCCCUUCUCGUCGCGGUUCAGUUCGACGGGGCUGUUCUCCGGUAUAUUCAGCAACAUGUCACAGUCGUUCAACAUGGACAGUUCAAUAAACGAGAACGUACCAAACAUGUCUAUAAUAAAGAGUGCAAUAGAUAGGACUACAAGUUUAGAUAGUAGUUUGUUUGACAAGGACAGUAUUACGCCGGUGGACGAUUUGAAGAAUGUGCAGGCGAUAUUAACGCGAGUGAACAAUAUGGACUCGAAUAACAGUGUGAUAUUAUCGGGGGUGCUGAACAGUUCGAACAAGGCGCGGCUGUUGGCGCCUUCGCCGAAGCCGCUGGCGAAGCCCUACUGCCCGCGGUCCCACGACCCGCGCCUCAACCCGCCGCCCCUCGAGAAACCCAAACCUGUCAGGAGGAAGCUCUCUAUAACGGAGUACCGCAAGCGGCACCUGGGCGGGUGCGUGGAGGAGGGCGGCGGCGGCUCGUCCAGCUCGCCCAACGAGGCGGGCGAGGCGCCGGCCGAGUGGUCGAGCGAGUCGUCGGGCGCCGCGUCGCUGUCGCCGCAGCGCCUCGACCUGGCCGCGCAGGCCGCCGCCGACGAGCUCGAGCAGCGCCUGCAUCGGGAGCUCACUGCUGACCAUGCGCCUAAAGGUGUGUUCGACGCACAGCCGACAGCUAGUGAACGCCAGCGAGAGAACCUCAGCUCGCGGUUACGACGGGAGUUCGGUCUCGCCUUACCCGACGACGAAGAGGCGAGACCUCCUACCGAAAACACCGAUGGCGCAGCGGUGAAGCGGGGCGACAGGUAGUCUGCGGAGCACACAUAAGACAUUAUUUUUGUAAAUCUCAGACGGCGUCGGUCCGUCGCCUGUAUUAUAUAAUAACUAGCAUAAAGGAACUUUUCUAUGAGUGUACGUUAGAUGCGACGCGCGCAUAUUGUAUAUUUCCGUUUUACUUCUACGUUUUUAUUUUCCACGGUUUUUCUGCAAGUACAAAUUGUUUUUAUUUCCCUUUGUACAUAUUGUAUAUAGGAGAGUUAAGAUAUAAUAUAGGGAACCUACUCGGUAACGUAUAUAUAUAAUGGUAUGAAAGAUUUUUUAUAUAUGUACAAUGUUUAUGUAUCUUAUUGAUAUAUUUAUUUAUUAUCGAUUUAUUCGAUAGUGCGUUUAGGGAAUGAUGGCUAGGAUUUUGUACGCAUAAUGUUUAAGUAAAUUAUAGUUGUUUUUAUUAUUUGUUUUAUGUUUUUUCUAGCAUAUAUAGGGGGUCCGAGGGCUCGUCCUAGUUCUAGGUCUCUUGUUAGUGUUAGAGGUUUCACGUGUAAUUUAGAGUCGUUUUAAUACAGAUGCGCAUUAGCCAUUUCUAGAGGUUAAAUCUGUGUUAUUAUUUAAGUGGAGCAUACUGUGCAGAGGUUUGUUUGUGUGGUCUAUCAUCACAAGGAUAUGUUGAGGCAGCUGGGUAGUAGUGUCCGACACUCGGCACCACGCCACUCGGCAGCGCCAGCGCGGACGAAACGAAUAUUUAUUGGUUAUGAUUCAAGUAUUAUACAUGGACUGAAUGGUUCAUAAUAAAAUUAAAAUUAUUUAAAAAUUACAGCGUUGCAAAGUGGCGUCGUGUACGAAGACUUAGUUUAGCGUGGCUUUUGCAUCCAAAUUGGAUAAAAGAGGUCGAGAAUUUGACUGAUAUGAAUUGCAAUCACAUUAGUACUAAUAAAAUAUACCUAUUUGGUUUGACACAACAAAUACUGAAUGCAGUUUCUUAACAAACACUGAUUACUUGUUGGUACUGUGUGCUUUUUGUUAAUAAAUUGCCACUAUGUACUAUACCCGACGCGAUGUGUUACAGAUCAACGUUUGUAGAAGUUUUAUGAGAUAUGUACUGUGUACAUUGUUUGCAGAAGUUGGCAGGCCGUCGUUGUCGAAUUGUGAAUAGGUUGUUAUUUAGCUAGUUGAUUGUACCACAUUGCUUACACAGCAUUAUGUUAACAACUGUAAAAUAUUUAAUAUACAGUUUUAAACUCUGCAUUUCAGCGCUAUACAGCGAUUAUCUUACAUUAUUUUGUAAGAACUGAACUGCAGAGUCGAAAACUGGAAAUGUGUGAUGACAUUCUUCUAUUUUACAUUUAUUAUGUAAUUAAAUGUUGUUUAUUAUUACAGCGACCUUCAAGUUGAAUGUUAUAUACAAAAAUUUACAAUAGUUAAUAUAUUGCCGACUGUAUAUAACUAUUAUAACAACGAAUCAAUGUUGUGAAUAACCUCGGGCUAAAAUAGUGUUUAUCACCGAAGCACCCAGUGAUCUAAGGAAGCUAUGUGCAUUCACUUGCAAAAUAUUCUGUUUGUUAUAUUUAGGUAGGCUUCCGUAGGGACUCUAGGUUUAGUUUACAGCUCUACUUAUAGGCGACUAGCGCACUCAACAGUGAUAAAGUACCUUCGCAGUUACUGACCAAGGCCCACAGUGCGAUUGUUGACGGAAACCGUUACAACAGAUUAUGUAGUCUAAUUCAUUACAAAAUAUCUUCUAGUGCUCUAAUGUUUAGUACCUGAGUACUGAACCGGUGUCGCAAGUAACAUGCUAAGUUAAUACUAAUUUCAGUAUAACAUUUCUAACAUCAUUUUGUGUAGAAUCGGUUGGAACAUCUUCUGUGCAGCAAUACUUUUGAAAGGGACAAUUCUCAAUGUAGAUAUUCUAAUAACAUUUUGUGCUUUUCUGUUAAACUUCAAAGGCGCUGAUAUUUUGGUAGUAGUAACUAUUCGAUCGGUGUUUUAUUAUUGGUGGAAUAUGCCCCAUUUUUAGAUAAAUCCAAAUAUGGAUAUCGUUGCAAUUUAGAGUAAAUCUAUGUAGUUAAACUACGUUUAUAAUGCCCAGUGUCUGACGUGUCAUCCAAAUCGUUGCUCAAAACGUGGGGUUCCCUACACUGCUAUUUUAUUUGGGACCCUCUUAUAAAUUAGAUUGUGUGCUUUUUGCGGUCUGUAUAAAUCUGAUGUUCUGGCAACAUUCGCUGUUUAUUACGUGUCAAUUACAGUCUUGAUGAUUGUUGAACGCAAUUUCUGACGACGAGUUAUUUAUUUUUCGAAAAUGAAUUGAUUAUGUUCAUGGAAUCCAAGUGAGCUGUGCGACUAUAAAGUACAUAUCGAAGAGUCUUCUCAAUUAACUUGUCCUGAUUAAGUAACGUCUUGAUUUCCUAUUUCGUGCAGCAGUUUAGAAGGUUUCUAUGUAGUUGCGAUAAGCUCCGCUAGCCCGUGCGCUCGGGACGUCACUAAGCUUCUACUUAAAAAUUUAAGUGUUUUACGCAUAAUCUUUAAAACUUAGAUUAUAGUCAAAUACGUUGCAAUAAUACGCCUUCAAGGCAAAUACACAUAGUUAUUAACACACAGAAAAUAUAUUUUAACAGCUUUGUUUAAUCCAUGAUUUUAUUAUUUUUGUAUUGUAUAAAAAGAAUUGUAGGAAGAUUUUUUAUGAUUUUUUCUAUUGAAUCAAAUGUAGAUUAAUGAAAUGUUCAACAUAUUCGCAGCCCGACUGGAGCGACAGUGUCGGUCUCGUGUCUAAUAGAUUUGUAAAUAUUUCGAUCUGGUUUUAACGAUGUAAAUUAAUUGCUUGAUAUCUUUCUGCUGGAAUGCGUUUUGAUGUGCAUUUUGUAGCAAACAUACUUCCGAAUAGAAUUCUUCCUCUCACUUUACAAGUAAAUGAAAUAGUACCUUACAGUAGCAUUUGAAAUAGACGUAGUUUUGAACUUCUCGUAGAUAAUGGCAGCCCAGCAACUGUAUAUAUAAGUAUUUGUGACAACAAAACGCACUCCAACAUUUUAACGUUUCUGUAGAAUAUUAGAUGAAAAUCUUUGUGAUAAAAAAUUUCUUAAUUAUAUCAACCCGUAGAGAAGCGUCUGUGUAUAUAUUAUAAUAGUUAAUGUUAAGUGAAAGCUAUAUUUUGUUAUGGUGAACAAAAAGCGCACUCUAUCGUUUGCCAUAUUAUGAAGCUAGUUUAUUGGUACUUCCGACUCCUUGUGAUCGCACCCACCUUCGGCUUGUCCCGCUCCCCCGUUGGAUAUGUUUUUAUGUAAGGUAUUCGAUGUAACAAUGGAAUAUUUUGCAAUAUAUAUAUAUUAAUAUAAUUUUUUAACGCUAAGUGGAUCGUAAAUAGAAAGCUGUAUAUUAUCCAGAUGUUAAAUAUUAUUAUUUCUUUCUCAAUGUUUGAACUAAGCAUGUAAAAUUUAAAAUAAUACUAGAGAAUAAAAGAUGUUAUGAUAAUUAAUUACAUAAAAUCUUCGUUUGAA